GGCGGAAGCUGGUGCGGUUCGCGGCCGGCGGUUGCCGAGUGGACCCGGACGCGGCUGGACGCCGAGCCCUCUGUCCGGCGCCCGCCGCGGGCCGCCACCAUGUCGCUGCUGCAGUCUGCGCUCGACUUCCUGGCCGGCCCGGGCUCCCUGGGUGGUGCUGCCGGCCGCGACCAGACUGAUUUCGUGGGGCAGACAGUGGAGAUGGGCGAGCUGCGGCUGCGGGUGCGGCGGGUCCUGGCCGAAGGAGGGUUUGCAUUUGUGUAUGAAGCUCAAGAUCUGGGGAGUGGCAGAGAGUAUGCGUUGAAGAGAUUACUGUCCAACGAAGAGGAGAAGAACAGAGCCAUCAUUCAGGAAGUGUGUUUCAUGAAAAAACUUUCAGGCCACGCAAAUAUUGUCCAGUUUUGUUCUGCAGCGUCGAUAGGAAAAGAGGAGUCAGACACCGGGCAGGCCGAGUUCCUGCUGCUCAUGGAACUCUGCCGAGGGCAGCUGGUGGAAUUUUUAAAGAAAAUUGAAUCUAAAGGUCCGCUCUCGUGCGAUACCGUCCUGAAGAUAUUCUAUCAGACGUGCAGGGCGGUGCAGCACAUGCACAGACAAAAGCCACCCAUCAUCCACAGAGACCUCAAGGUUGAAAAUUUGCUGCUCAGUAACCAGGGGACCAUUAAGCUGUGCGACUUCGGCAGUGCCACGACCAUAUCGCACUACCCGGACUACAGCUGGAGCGCCCAGCGCCGGGCCCUGGUGGAGGAGGAGAUCACCAGGAACACGACUCCCAUGUACAGGACGCCGGAGAUCGUGGACUUGUACUCGAACUUCCCGAUCGGCGAGAAGCAGGACAUCUGGGCCCUGGGCUGCAUCCUGUACCUGCUCUGCUUCGGGCAGCACCCGUUUGAGGACGGGGCGAAGCUCCGCAUCGUCAACGGCAAGUACGCGAUCCCUGCCGACGACACACGCUACUCCGUGUUCCACGGCCUCAUCCGUGCCACGCUCAGGGUCAACCCUGAGGAGCGGCUGUCCAUCACGGAGCUGGUGAGCCAGCUCCAGGAGAUCGCGGCCGCCCGCAACGUGAACCCCAAGUCGCCCAUCACCGAGCUCCUGGAGCAGAACGGAGGCUACGGGCACGCGGCCCCUCCUGGGGGCUCCGCAGGCAGCGGCUGCGGUGGAGGCCUGGUGGUCGCCGAGUACGACCAGCCCUAUGGCGGGUUCCUGGACAUUCUGCGGGGCGGCACCGAGCGCCUCUUCACCAACAUCAAGGACACCUCCUCCAAGGUCAUCCAGUCCGUUGCCAAUUAUGCGAAGGGAGAUUUGGAUCUUUCUUACAUCACGUCCAGAAUUGCAGUGAUGUCAUUCCCGGCGGAAGGUGUGGAGUCGGCCAUCAAGAACAACAUCGAAGACGUGCGGUUGUUUCUGGACGCGAAGCACCCGGGCCGCUACGCUGUCUACAACCUGUCCCUGAGGACGUACCGGGCCUCCAAGUUCCACAACCGGGUCUCCGAGUGUGGCUGGGCAGCCCGACGGGCCCCGAGCCUCCGUAGCCUGUACAGCCUCUGCAGGAACAUGCACGCCUGGCUGCGCCAGGACCCCGGGAACGUCUGCGUGGUGCACUGCGUGGACGGGAGGGCCGCCUCUGCCGUGGCCGUCUGCUCCUUCCUGUGCUUCUGCCGCCUCUUCAGCACCGCAGAGGCCGCCGUGUACAUGUUCAGUAUGAAGCGCUGCCCGCCGGGCAUCUGGCCGUCCCACAAAAGGUACAUCGAGUACAUGUGCGACAUGGUGGCAGAGGAGCCCAUCACGCCCCACAGCAAGCCCAUCCUGGUGAAGGCCGUGGUCAUGACGCCUGUGCCCCUAUUCAGCAAGCAGCGGAACGGCUGCCGGCCCUUCUGCGAGGUCUAUGUGGGGGAUGAGCGUGUGACCACCACGUCCCAGGAGUACGACAAGAUGAGGGAUUUUAAAAUCGAGGACGGCAAAGCGGUCAUUCCCCUGGGCAUAACGGUCCAGGGAGACGUGCUCAUCAUCAUCUAUCACGCGAGGUCCACCCUGGGAGGAAGGCUGCAGGCUAAGAUGGCGUCCAUGAAGAUGUUCCAGAUCCAGUUCCACACAGGGUUUGUGCCUCGGAAUGCAGCUACUGUGAAAUUUGCAAAGUAUGACCUGGACGCUUGUGACAUUCAGGAGAAAUAUCCCGAUUUAUUCCAAGUGAACCUGGAGGUGGAGGUGGAGCCCAGAGAUAGGCCCGGUCACGAGGCCCCACCCUGGGAGACUGCGAGCAUGCGGGGGCUGAACCCCAAGAUCCUGUUUUCCAGCCGCGAGGAGCAGCAAGACAUCCUGGCGAAAUUUGGAAAACCAGAGCUCCCCAGGCAGCCAGGCUCCUCUGCGCAGUAUGAUGCCGAGGCCGGGCCUGCGGACGCCGAGCCCCCGGAGUUGGACUCACUGCACAGCAGCGGGGACACCGACCGCUUUCUGCACACGCUGGACUGGCGGGAGGACGGGGAUUGCACGACAGCCCCAGAGGGUCACCUUGCCGAGGAGGGUCCGUCUGCUGCGGCCGAGGACGGACGUGUGAGCGAGCCGUCUGACGAGGAAGCCCCAACGCUGUCAGCUGAGAGCGGGGACGUGGCCGACGAGGACACGCCAGGCCCAGACCUGCCGCAGGAGGACGGUGUGGACCUCCUGGGGCUGCACUCCGAGGCAGGGCCGGUGCCCCCCACGCAGGCCCGCGGGGGCCCCCCCAGCAACGCGGACCUGCUCAGCCGCCUCCUGGGGGCCCCGGCAGCUGCUCCAGAGGGUGCCGCAGGCGGUCUGUUCGGCGGGGACGCGGCGCUGCUCUUCACCAGCCCGGCCUCUGCCCCGAGCACACGGACCACGGUCCCGGCCGCGGACCCGUUUGACCCUCUCCUGCUGCCAUCUGACCCGGACGCCCAGCCCCACUCCCAGCCCGACCUCUUUGGCGAAUUUCUUAAUUCGGACUCUCCAGCCACCCUGCCUGCAUCCUUCCCUGCCACCCACAGCGCCCCACCCCUGGCCCACGGCACCAACUUCCUGCAUCUGGGUGACCUGCCAGCGGAGCCCAGCAAGAUGACAACCUCUACCAGCCACCCGGACCUGCUGGGAGGAUGGGACGCCUGGGCUGAGGCCCCGGCCCCCACACCAGCUGCAGAAGGCCCCUUCGUCUCUCCUGGAGGCCAGCCGGCACCUCCUGGCCCCCCAGCCAGCCAGACCAAGUCUCAGAGCCAGGACCCAUUUGCAGACCUCGGCGACCUCAGUUCCGGCCUCCAAGGCUCGCCCGCUGCAUCUACUCCUGGGGGCUUCGGUCCCAAAGCAGCGCCCCCUCCCAAGGCCAGCGGCUCCUGGCAGACGAGCCGGCCCCCAGCCCAGGGCGCCCCGUGGCCCCCCCAGGCCAAGCCAGCCCCCACGGCCAGUGCACAGCCACGGCCAAACUACAACUCCAGCUUCAGUGUGAUUGGCAGCCGGGAGGAGAGGGGCGUCCGCGCCCCCAGCUUUGGUCCAAAGCCAAGGGUGUCGGAGAACGAUUUCGAAGACCUGUUGUCCAACCAGGGCUUCUCCUCCCGGGCCGACAGGAAGGGGCCGAGGACGAUCGCCGAGAUGAGGAGGCAGGACCAGGCGCGGGACUCAGACCCGCUCAAGCUGAAGCUCCUGGACUGGACGGAGGGCAAGGAGAGGAACAUCCGCGCCCUGCUGUCCACGCUGCACACGGUGCUGUGGGACGACGAGAGCCGCUGGACGCCCGUGGGCAUGGCCGACCUGGUGACGCCUGCGCAGGUGAAGAAGCAGUACCGCCGCGCUGUGCUGGUGGUCCACCCGGACAAGGCCCGGGGGCAGCCCUACGAGCAGCACGCCCGCAUGGUCUUCAUGGAGCUCAGCGACGCCUGGGCCGAGUUCGAGAGCCAGGGCUCCCGGCCGCUCUUCUGAGCCCACGGUCGCAGCUGCGCGCAGCUCGUGGAGCUGGAAGCUGCCGGCUGGCCUGGAGGGUUGCACGUGGGCCAGGGCGGCACGGGCUGGCGCGGCCGCGGCUGGCAUCACGUCACGCCCGCCAUGCUCAGCGGAUCCAGAGCCAGCGCCACUCCCUUCACAGGAGGAGAAAGCAUUCCAAAGCCUCCGAGUUCUUUCUUUCUCUCUUCUGGUCCUGAAGGAAAGGUGACGAUUUGCACUCCUCCCACGCGUGUCACAGUCUGUGAUUUGUUUUAUCCGUGGUGCGCCCACUGGGGAGAUGGCGCUGCUCAGCUGUCCUCCAGAGUCCGGUCCUGAACGUUCACGUCUCCCCUCGUAAUCAGCCUGGUGACGCCUGUACAUAAUUAAACUAUUUUCUGACGCCCCUCCUCCGGGGCUGCACACCA